AAAGUAGCUAACAAAUUUAAGUCAAACUAUUCUAUUUUGAUUGGGAAAAUUAGCAAAUUUAAGUAAAAAAUUUUUGUAAUGUCCAAAAACAAAGAAGUUCCACAUUUGAAGGCCAGUCUAACAUCGUAUAGACAACGUUCGACUCUCGCCAAAUCCCCUUCAAUGAAAUUGCCCAAGGAUAAACGUAAUGGACUAGAUCCCUUGAGUGACGAGGAAAAACCAGCUACAGUGCCUGCUAUCAAGAAAUUUGUUCAUUGGGAUUUACCCUUGGGUUUCUCGUCUUCGCCAGUUGUUGUGAAGCAUAGUAAUAGUAAGUUGAAGUCGUCGAGUCAACAGAAAAUCAUUUUUGUCCACAAACCAACCACCAAACCGCAGUUCGAGAUCGAGUCCGAAUCGGAGUCAAAAAAUUCAGUUGAGAAGAAAUUGGCCCAUGAGCUGCGUAUGGCUGUGCAUCAUGGGGGUGGUUCCUGUAAUCCUGAAGAGAAUUUGUUAUUGAGAGCCAAAUUGUCGCCUCUUCAGUUGCCCUAUAGCUUGGUUCAACGCAUUUUGAGGGAAUGUGAGUUAAGCGAAAGAAAUCAAGCUACCCAUUUCUUGUUUAUAGACUGCAAUGUCCAACAGGUGUCUCUGGUGUGUAAAGUGCGAACAGAUAAUCUAAACGAAACAAAAGAACGUUUGUUGAAUGUAUUACAUGCCCAUAGAGCAUCAUUUUCCCAUCGAAAACUAUUUAAAGAAUUCGGUCUCAUUGAUGCCUUUUUGCCCAAUCACACACCACUAAACUUCGAGGACUUUGCCCAGACCCUUCAAACAGAUGCCCUGUGGUGCAAGGCUUUGAGUGCAGAAAUCACUAAUGAUGCCAAUGGUUCAGUUCGAUUCAGGUGCAAAUCGAAUGACACCUCUGAAGUGGUGGCUAAGCUUAAAGAUUGCGGCUAUAAGAUCAUUCAUGCAGAGCAAGGAUAUUGUCCUAAAGGCGACCUAGUUAAACUUACUCAUAGCAAACUAAAACGCUAUGAGGAGUUCUUGAAAGCCCUGCACAAUGAUCCCGACGUUGUGCACAUCUAUGAUAAUCUGCAGACACCAAAAAGAUAAUCAAAACAGUAAAAGAUAAUUGAAAUAUUUUUGAUAAUCUAUUUUGUAAUUAAAUUGGUGUAGUGUUUAUAAAGAGGAAAAAUUGUUUAGUGAACGAGAGUAAAAGUUGUUUCCAAUAUUCUAUGGAGA